AUGACUUUUGACCGCGAAGGCUCGGCGCCAUUCCGAUUCGACCACAACAGGCUCGGCACUGUCAAGCCGUACUUGGCCGAGCCUGAAGGCUUCGACCUCUCAACGGAGGAUCUGGAAGCCGUGUUCGGCAUCCAAGCGCAAUACUUCGGCAAGCUCCCCAAACGCAUGAUCAUCCCCGUUCUCGAGGGUAGCUGGUACACUCAGCAUUGGUACUCGACGAAUGGCUGGCUCUACGUCGUGGAGCCGGAGGCGUGGGUGCCUCAAGUCUCUCACGGCGACACCAUGCCGGCUUCGUCAUUCAAGACGACGUACGUGAGGGAGGAGGAGACCAUCACCGAGACCAAGUUCAAUGCUGGCACGUCGGCCGAGGUCACCAUCGAGGCCGGCGGCACCUUCUACGGAGUCUCGGCCAACGUCAAGUCGACCAGCGACAUUUCGUUCCGGUACUCGAGCUCCACGACGACCAAGGAGAGCCUGGAGACCAAGGGCACCAGCGGCAAUGCGCCCAUCCACCAGUUGUUCGUCUACCCGAAGCUGAGGUGCAAGGUCAUCAAGAAGCAGCGCAUCGAUUACACCAUCAACGACAGCAGCGAAGAGCUGAAGUGGACUGGUGAUAGUUACAGGAAUGGAUACUGGGGCGAGCGCUGGGUGUCGGAUAAGCGCCUGGGUGCGGUGAGGAAGCUCGGCCUUCACCCUGUUCCCAUGGAAGGAAACGGCCUUGGCCACAAGGCCUACAUUCUCCCCAUCCCGCAUGUCACCGACGAUGGGGAUAUCGAUGUUACGACCAUCAUGAGCCGGCAGGGGUGGGUCGAUUGGUACGUCUACGAUCUUCCCUGGCAGGAUGGAGACGACGAGGUCAUCGACCUCGCUGCGCCUAGGAACGGUGUGGCCUUUAGGCCCAUGACCACAUGGACAACAUUGCCUCCGCUUGAGGAAUAA